AAAAAAUUGCCGCUAUAUAAGAGGCAUACUGGGACUGGAUUAAUCAGUAUGAAAAAAUAUGGCAUCUAUGUUAAAGGUAUUUACUAUAACAGUGCUUGUUGGAAUUGUUUGGGGAUCUCCCAUAGAAGAUGUCAAAAGUGUGAGAGAAGUUCAACAUGACAAACAAUUGCAAUCAUCAGUUGAAAAGAUCCAAAUCUACGAUUUAUCAUUGAGAGAUAAAAGAUCACCGACUCCUUGGGGAGGCCGUGGGGGUGGAGGAGGGUUUGGAGGCGGUGGAGGUUUUGGAGGUGGUGGAGGCCGCGGAGGCGGUGGUGGUUUUGGCGGUGGUGGAGGCUGGGGAGGCGGUGGUGGAUUCGGAGGAGGCUUUGGAGGAGGCCAUGGGGGUGGCAGAGGAGGACAUGGUGGGCAUCAUAAGUUGUGUGGCGGUUGUGGAAAGUGAAAGGAUAUCAAUUAAUCAUAAGGAUUUCUAUGAGAUCCACAAUAGUUCUUACUUAUUUUAUUGAAUUUUGAAUGUACAUUUUCAAGAAAAUGCUAACAAAUUUUUAGAGUACAAGCUAUACCCUCCCAGCAUUUUAUUUUUAGAAAAAAUAAAUACAUAUAUAUAUUUAUAUUUUUUUUUUAUAAAACGUUAGUGGAGAGUCGCCUAUUAUUGGAUACUUUUUUUUAAACUGGAAAAUUAUAUCAAAAAAAAAAUCCCUACAUUUGUGCUAGUUUAAUGGAG